UUCGAACCGGAUAGCCGGAAACCCUGAAAUUCCGGUAUGUUACGUAGUAAAGUGAAGUAACAGUGAAAAAGUGAAGACAUGCCAACCAUGGCGGUAAACAUUCUUCGAACCAGUGACGACGACAUCUGGGGACAACGGCACACGGCUGGCCAGCGCAGGUUCAUCCACUGGCAGGCGACUCAUCCCUUCGUGGUGCGCGUUGAUUUGGUCAACGGCACACGGCUGGCCAGCGCAGGUUCAUCCACUGGCAGCCGACUCAUCCCUUCGUGGUGCGCGUUGAUUUGGUCAACGGCACACGGCUGGCCAGCGCAGGUUCAUCCACUGGCAGCCGACUCAUCCCUUCGUGGUGCGCGUUGAUUUGGUCAACGGCACACGGCUGGCCAGCGCAGGUUCAUCCACUAGCAGCCGACUCAUCCCUUCGUGGUGCGCGUUGAUUUGGUCAACGGCACACGGCUGGCCAGCGCAGGUUCAUCCACUGGCAGCCGAUUCUUCCCUUGGUGGUGCGCGUUGACUCGGACAACGGCACACUGCUCACUCAGCGUGAGAUUCAUUUCAUCAUUCGGCACAUUUCGUUGGAAAUCAUUGUAUCGCAAAAAAUCAGCGUCGAAUUAAGUAAUGCCAACAACUCGAUCCACAACGAAGCGUACGGAAAGCCAAGCAAUGCAAUCAGAAAACGCAACACCUCAGCCUGAAAUGCAAGCCUCGCACUCAAAAACACAAGCUGAAGCCAUGGAGUCCAAAGCGAAAGCAGUUGUUGAACAAUCAUUCCAUGAUGCAGAGUUGUCUACUAAACAACGCGAGCUGAAAAUGUUGCGACUGCAUCAUUCUAGUCAGCAACGAAAACUCGAAAAGUUGGUGGAAGACGUCACAACAACACCAGUAAAUGCAACUACAUACAACGUGAAAUACAGCUACCUGCAAGAUCUAAAAGCAAAAAUAACAGAGAUCUUUGAGAAAAUAGUAGCCCUGGACCCAAUAGACAUCAAAAACGACUUUUCUGACGACGAAGCAUGUGCUUGUAUGUACAUGAAAUUAGACACCAUGAUAGCAAACGGAACUCUAAUUGCUGCACCUACUGCAGUGACUCCUGUGGUAUCUUCUUCAUUACAUCAUCUGAACAUUCCAAUGCCAACAUUUGAUGGAACAUAUGAACAGUGGCCUAAGUUCAAGGCCAUGUUCCUGGAUAUUGUGAAGGAAUCUAGUGCAUCGGAUGCGGUGAAGUUACAUCACCUUAACAAGGCCUUGAUUGGGAAGGCUAGUGGCGUGCUGAAUGCAAGUCUUAUCGCCGGAAACAACUUCGCAAGUGCAUGGCAAUUGCUGGAGGAUCGCUUUGAAAAUCCUCGCGUGAUCGUGGACAGACACAUCGCGGGAUUAUUGCAGAUGAAACCCGUGGUCAAGGAGUCUGCACGUGGGCUGCGCGAGUUGCUGGAAUGCUGUAGAACUCAUGUAGACGGUCUAUCCUACAUGAAGAAAGAAGUUGAUGGAACCAGCGAAUUAAUCAUCACCCACAUCUUGACUUCAUGUUUCGAUCCUGAAACAAGGAAGCUGUGGGACGAUGAACAGAGGAGAGUUUCCGAAGCUGAAGACAACAUUGGAGUUUUUAUGCAGACAGUGCGAAGUGCUGGAUCAGUGUGCCUCUGAGAGAGGAGAAAGAGGCGACAAAGGCAAAAUGGUGAGCGCCAAGGUGUACACAGCUUCCAUUCAAAACUGCAAGCUCUGCAACGAUGAUCAGCAUAACAUCGUUCACUGUCCUGAGUUUUUGGCGUUAUCAACACGAGAGAGACAGAUUAAGGCUCAAGAACUUCGGCUUUGUUACAAUUGCCUUGGGGCUGGUCGCUCUUCACGACGAUGCGAAUCAAGGAGGACAUGCCGUAGAUGCAAUAAACAUCAUCACACGUUGCUUCAUUUUGAGCAAUCUAUUGAAAUGCCAAGUUCUGAACAUGUAGCAACCGCGUCACAUCAAGAAGAAGAGACAUCAGGCACAGGAUCACCAUCUUCAAGUAGUCCAUCAUCACCCCAGAUUGUUUUGAGUGUGCAAGGAGCAGCAAAAUCUACCGUCCUGCUAUCGACAGUGCUUUUGAACAUCGUGGACGAUCAAGGAACGAAUCAUCAAGCUCGUGCACUGCUAGACAGUGGCGCACAAUCCAACUUCAUUUCUGGACGACUGGUGCAGCUGCUACGAUUGCCACGGAAGAUAGUGAACAUUCCGUUAUCGGGCAUAGGUGGCAGUUCAACCAUAAAUGUGCGACAUUCAGUAAGAGCUACAAUACGAUCACGUUGUUCCGAAGACGCCUUCACUUUGGAUAUGUUGGUCUUGGCUACCCCGUCGGCAUCUUUACCAACCCAACCGGUAGACAUCAGUAGCUGGAACAUCCCGGAAGACUACAUCUUAGCUGAUCCCACCUUUAACCAGCCGGGACGUGUUGACAUCAUCCUUGGAGCAGAACUGUUUUAUGAAUUCCUGAAGGAGCUUCGCGUGUCAUUUGGUCUGCAUCGUCCAGUAUUGCAAGAAUCCAAAUUUGGUUGGAUAGUUAGUGGCAAUGCACUCAUCGAACCAGCGUCUGAUCCAGUAGUGUGUGCUACAGCUUUAAUCACGGACAACUUGAGCAUGGUGGCAGCAGAGGACAACGCUGAAAUGUCCUUGUCACAUCAUCCAGUUAUCAGCAACGCAGUCAUCAGAUAUCGUAGUGAUCUUCAAAGUGGCCUACGCACCGGAGUAAUCGAAAUUCAGAAUGACGAGUUAAGGGUCGGACGGGCCAAACGAGAAGGAGCAUCCGUAGCUGACGUCAUCUAUCCUAAAUCAUCAGAGAGAGCAGCUGAGACAUCUACCAGUGAUUCUACCGCAGUCUGUCUUGGUGGCAGUGAUUUUGGUGGCAUCAUAUCUGCAACGGGUAUACCAAGAAACCACGAUUGGGAACUUUGGGCACGAUUGGGAACAUCACUAUAAUUGAUACGUAGAUCAAUUUCGUCGUGCACACGUGUGCCAUUUUACAUGAAUUUUGUCAUUAUUUCACAGAGUUAUUAAUCUUUCAUAUUGAACUAAAGGAACAUGAAUCAGGGUAGAUCUAGCAUAGAGCGAGAUUGCUUUUGCAUGAAAUUAAAUUGUUCCAAUUUAAGGUGGCAGGAUGUUUAGGAUUGAAAUGGGCCAAAAUGUAGGCAAUUUGUUGUGCACGUGAAUUAAGCCAUAAAACCAAUAGCAGCGCCAUCUCGAGGCAAUGACACAAUUACUCCCAACUUCACAGUAGCGCCAUCUGCGUGAUUAGUUAUGCAUAUCAUAGGGUCAAAGGGUGAUGAUAUUGGCUAAUAAUUAGGAAACAUUUGUAUGUCCACGGAAAGAGGGGAAAUUAAGCCAGCGUACAAACCCAAAAAUGUAAACAUCGCUAACGGAACAGCAAUUUGUAAUGAGUACCCCAAGAAAUACAUUCAGAAUUCAGUUAACAGCACAGAUUUUGGAGCUAGAAUUUAUUUCUACAUCUUCAUAUCACCUUGUUAGCAAAUCUUGCAUAGAGUCCUUGGCGAGUAGCUCUUGCUUGACACUUGUUAGCGCUCUCCGGUGAAUAUGGUAUCUGUGCUGAUUUUGCUCCCAUAGAAAACUCGAGUCGCGAGUUUUAACUAUCUAGUGUAGGGUGCAAUCCUACACAAUAACCUUUGUUUUCUUACGCAUAUCACGCCAAAAGCCUGAUAGCCGAUAACUUUUAGCGCACCCAUCAAAGGACUUUUUUAAAUUUUUUAUGUGUUUUGGUUGCUAUUACAC